ACAUUACAUUCGGCUUUCGGAAAGCGGCGUCAUUGUGUAUUUGUGUGCAGAAAAAAAUCUCUGAAGGCAAUAUGAGAAAAGAUAAAAAUUCCAAUACUAAAAAAAUUUCCAAUGAAGUAUUUUACAAAAAAGUGCAGUGAUUAAGAUAUAAAUACUAAAGUUACUCAAUAAUCAAAUGGAAUUUAUAAGAAAUACGUGAAAUAAAUGCAAAAAUUUCUAAACCUUUGCCGACCAGAGAAGAAAAAUUUACAUGAAUACAAGAAGAAAAAACUUUCUAUACUCGUUUUCCAUUUACUUCGACGGCUUCGGUCUUCGUGGGUUGCCUCCUUGCGAAAUAGAAUAAAGUUUUUUUUUGCAAAUGCGGCGAACGCUGUACACACACACAAUUACAUGCAAGAUAUCAAAAGUGUAAAUGUGACGAGAUAAAAUAAAAACAGGAAGUUUUGUAAUAACAAGAUUUGUACAAGGAAAAAGAAAGAAAAAAAUAGUAUCCUGUUUUUUUUUUAACCAAGGAAAAGUAUAAUAAAACUACAAAAACAAGAAUAUUUAGUGGAAAAGUUACUAUAUAUCCUUUGUGUCUAGCAAGGACCAAGCCGCUGCUGCAUUUCUACUUUCCGUAAAAAUGACGCUUGAAGGCGCUAAAUUUGUAUGUCUCGAUGAGACCGGCAAUCAUGACAGAAUUAUUUUGGCCAAAGGCCGUAAAUUUUCUGUUGGCCGCUAUACAACUUGUGAUUUGAUAUUGGAUGAUGUACGAGUAGAGAAUGUACACUGUGCCAUUGAAGCCGAUGCCUUUGGAAGGAUAACCAUACGGAAUUUCAGUACAGACUAUCCUAUUUCAAUAAAUGGCGAGGUGGUGCAAAAUAAACAAAAUUUAUUUAAUAACACCAAAAUUGAAAUUUUGGAUAGAAUGUAUUUAUGGGAAUUUGAUAAUAAAAAUUCCACAAAAUGUGAAGAUUCCGAAGGUACAGAUGUAUCGACUCCGCAAAAACAAAUAGGCAUACCCAAACCGUCGGCAUUUUCCAGUCCGGCUGCAAAGAAUACGCAGAAACCUGCCCCCAGGCUUACCGUUCACAAUUUUGCCUAUUGCAUACAAUCGGAUGAGGAGGGAAAUACAUCAAUUGAAUCCAACGCCGAAAAACCCACUGCCGAAAUUGAACUAGUAGCAGACGAAGAAGUUAAAGAAUCACCUCAAAAAACUGCCGCAGAAGAGAAGCCAGCAACAGGUGAAGAGGAGGAAGAAGCUGCUACCAUAAUGCUGCCGACCACAGAAGAAACAGGGCGUGAGGUAACGCCCGAACCUGAAUUGAAAACAUUACCAACCGCCGAAGUACAAGAAACCCCAAAAAUGAAUUUAAUCAAUUGUACCAACAACAAAGAGAACUCUGCCAGUACGAAAAAGAAGAAAAAUCUACAUUUAUCAUUGUGCCAUCAAUCGGAUGUGGUCAUCACAUCCUUUUCACCACGUGAAGCGGGAGUUAAAAUUGAGAAAUCCUUUACGGCCAUACUUAAGCCAAAGGUGCUGGUCACUAGGGCUCCCAAUACACCGAAAAGUGUCUAUAGUACACCAAAAAGUGUACUAAACGAUGAUGAUGACGACGAUGGGGAAAUGGAUAAAAGUAAAGAAAUACUUAGCUUUCAAACACCCUCCACAUCACGCAAAGUUGCAGCGACAACGGGUGGCAAGAACAACACAUCAAUGCAUUUAGUGGAUUUUACCACACCGACUAAACUGGCACCGGUGUCAAGUCCCUUUUUGAAAUCUGCUUUAAAGGCCUCUGCCAAAAAGCUGCCCCUUACGCCAAAGGGAAAUAGACAAAACAAAACAGCUACAGAGGAGAACCUGGGCCUCGGCACAUUGCUUUCCACGCCUGUGGUGAGUGAAGACGACCAAAACAGAUUAGAAACACCCAGUUCUGUACUGUCUGUUAUCAGUGUAGAUUCCACCGAUACGUCCAGUGUUAUAGAGGUAUUAAGUGAUGAAUCUACACCUGGUAUCAAUGCAAAUGUUGUAUUGAAGACACCUGGUAAAACUGAGGCUGGAAAAGCGCAAGCCACCACACCAAUGAGAACACCCCAGUCCCUAAUGAAAAGAGCAAUUUUGACAAGUACAAAGAAACAAAUGAACACACCACAGAGAACGGAAGCCGGUGCCACCACAACAUCGCGCAGAGAGCCCAUAAAUCGUAUACCUUUGCGCACAAGCAUAGGGGCUCUACGAUCACCUGUCACACCUAAAACUCCCGCCGCAACAGAAACAGCACCGCCAUCGCGAAGAAUAAGUAUGUCAACUCCUUCUCGAAAAAGUUUUCCAGCCAAGAGAUUUGAGAGCACACCACAGUCCAGCUCAAAUUCUGGUGCCUCAACUACUACUACACCAACAAGAUCCACCAGACGCUCUUCACUUAUACCUAUGUCCGCUAGUCGGGCACAAACAUCAACACCCCUUAGCUAUGCCAAUCGAAAAUCAACCUGUAAAACAUCGCCCCUCAACAAGGUGCGCAAGUCAGUGGGCGGCGUGCCACUUUCAUCGCAUAUCUCCAAGGCGAGGCGCUCAAUUAUAGCAGCAUCUCCGGCCAAAUUCACUUCCAUCAAAGAGAAAUCACCCCAGCAAAUGAUGAGUGAUCGCCUGGUAACUAGGGCUCGAAAAUCCCUGUGUGUAACACCCAGUAUUUCCAAGCCCAUUAAUGUGGCCCAGGUGUCUAAGACACCGGGAGGAGGGCGUACACCCAGCAUUUUAAAGAGAACACCCAUGGCUGGUAGAAAAUCCAUGGCAGCAGCCACACCAACGCGUUCAGUAUUAUUUGCCGCCGAUAAACAAAAGGCAAUGUUGAGUGACAAGCCAGAUCGAAGUCUUACCUUUAUUGUUGACUCAGAUGAUGAUGAUGAUGGAGAUGAGGAGAAGACAAGUGGUGGGGCAAUAAAAACGACAACCCCCUUGAAUGUAACAUUCUCCCCCGAAAAGGAGGUGGAAAUCAAAAGUUUGGAAACACCAAUUGAUGUUGAGGAGUUGACGGCGUCUGGUAAAAUGGAAAAAGAAAAUGAUUAUCCAGCUCAGCAAAGCAACAAAGCAGGAGCAGAGGAAAUGGGAGAACAAGAAAAUAAUUCCCAGGAAGACUCAAAGGCAAUGGCUGUUUGUGCCUCAGAGGAAAGCUUUGCUGAAAUUGUGGACAAUUCCCGAGAUGAAAACAUAUCUCCAAAGAAAAACUCAACACAAAUUGGAGACAAUGAGCAAAGCGAUUCGAAUUGUGAGGAAAUAGCAAAAGAUGCAUCGAAGAAAUCUGAGGAAAUUGAAACUGGGUUUGGUGAAGAAUCUGUGGUAGAAUCAAAAGAAGACUCGAAUGCGGAAGAUGUUCCGAAGAAAGAUGAUGAGGUGAAUGUGGGUGAUGAUGAUAGUGAGGAACCCCAAGCCGUCAGUGUGAGACGUGUGUCCAGUGAUGUAGUGGAAAUUGUGGAACCCAUGGCUACGAGUCUCAGAAGAAUGUCGAGCGAUGUGAUUGAGGUAUUCGCAGAACCACCCCAAUCUGUGAGCGUACGACGGAUAUCCAGUGAUGUUAUUGAACUCGAUUCCACAGCCGAUUCAGAGAAAUCUAUAAAUAAUGUUGGUACAGAAGCUGUAGAAGCAUCAACAUCACCUUCAAAGCCCCUAUAUAAACCAAUUUGUGAAGAUAUUACCCUUGAAGGUUCAUUACUUGAGCAGAAUCAAACACAUGAUUCCAUCAUAGACAAAGUCAUCAAAGAAGAAGAGAAGUCAACUAAUGAUUUGUCCCAAGUACAAGAAGAACCCGAUACCACAGAAGAAUAUGAAAAUCAAACCACUCAACAACUGAAUACCGAAAAGACUGAACAAGAAAAUCAAAAUAAUUCAAAUGAAGAAGUCAAUUCUGAGAAAGAUCUUUCUGAAAUAGUUCCUAAAGAGACUGAAGAUUUGCCUCUGGAAUCUGAAAACUUGCUCAAGGAGUCUGAGGAUAUUUCAAAAGAAAAUCCUGCUUCCAAGGAGAUUGAAGAUUUGCCUAAGGAAACUGAAAAUCAAGCCAAGGAGGGUGGAAAUGAAAUUGUUUCCAAAGAAAAUGAAAAUUCGUCGAAGGGAAAUGAAACAGUUUCUAAAGAAAGUGAAGAUGCUACCCAGGCAACUGUAAGUGAUUUCGCAGAAACGGAAGAAGAUCAUGAAGAUUUCCCUAAAGAGAAUGAAGCUAUUGUAAGCACAACUGAAGGCAAUGAUGUAUCUGCAAUUGUAGAAACUUCAUUCGUUGAGGAAGCCCCAGAAAGCAAUGAAGCGGAAAACGCUGAAGGUGUUGAAGAAUUGGCAAUUUUGGACAAAUCUACUGCUCCCGAAGCCCCAGAUACAGAAGAAACCGCUGAAGGAAAUGAAAAAUCUACUGAAACAGGAGAAGAAGCCACUGAAAAACAUGCGGUCAUAGAAACAGAAGUAUCUUCUAAACAAAUUGAAAAUAAUGAAAAAAUAGCUGAAGAAAGUGAAGCCACUGAAGAAUCUGCUGUCAUAGAAUCCGAAGUCGAAGAAGCUCCGCAAAAUAUUUCAAUCACUCUAGAUUCUUCUGAACAAAUUGAAAACACAUCUGCUUCAAACAGCAAAACUUUUGAGCAGGAGGUUGAAAACAUCGAAUUGGCUGAAAGAGAUUCUGAUGUUACCACAGAUAAGCUAUUGGAAGAAAUCGAAGAUGUCCUUAAUAAAUCGGAUGAAAUUCAACAAAAACAUUUUGAACAACAAGAUGAUGUCGAGAGCAUAAAUACCCUAACAGAGGAAAAUGAAAGUUUAAGGCUUACACAGGACACCGUUUCCACGGAUUAUCAAGAAACUGAUGUGGAGGAGGCUAAAGCGGAAGAAACUUCUUCAACCAUUCUCGAGGAAGAUAACCAAAUAAACGUUCCUCAGUCUGGCGAAAAAUCAACGGAAAUUUCCAAGGAAAGUCUAUCAGAAUCAGAAGUUUUGGUAGAUCCAAACUCUGCUGGAAAAGAAAUAGAACUUGAUAGCCAGGAAGCAAAUACUGAAGUUUCUAAUAAAGACGAGGAACCACAACCUUCCUCUGACGAAAUCCCAGCAAAUAAUGUGGAAGGUACAGGCGAAGAAUUGAAUACUGAAGAUACUAAUGAAGAGAUUACUUCCAACGAAGUAGAAGAAGAGACUUCAAAAGAGAAAACUCCGGGCUUGGAAGAAGAAAAUGUGAUUGUUGCUACCCAGGAAGCAGAGGAAUCAAACAAAGAUGUUCUCAACCAGGAAGAUAACAAAAUUUCGAAUGAGAAUGAAACCUCGGAAGCGCCUAAAACUCCAUGUGAGCUGGAUGUUCCUAAUAAAUCUGAAGAUGAUGAAAAGGUCGAUGACUUAGCAAUUGGAACGGUGGUUGCAGAACAAUCCAACUCUGAUAGGUUGGAAAAAAGUGAAAUUCCGGAACCUCUUUCAACAGAAAAGACUGAUGAUAUUGCUUCCACGGAUGCACCCACUGAAAAUAACAAAGAAGUUCAAAACCUAGAAUCAUCAUCUAGAGGUGAUGACGAGAAAAUGUCAUCCGCCUCAAAAGAUAUUAUUAGCAAUAAACUAAUUGAAAAUCAAACCAUCGGUACGCGUACACCCAAGCGACGCAGUCGACGUGCAUCAAUGUUAACUGAAAAUACAACAACAGAUGAUGGUAAAGAAAAUCUGGAAAUAUCUCUGCAAAGUGUUGCUCAAAAAUUAGCCGAAGAACAAAAAGAAACACUCGCUCUAACACCAAGACGUAGUUCUCGUCGAAAAUCAACAGCAUCAACAGAAUCUACAGAUGAAAGUCAGAAUGAAGUUAAAGCCUUACCCACAUUCACACCCAGACGUAGUGCCAGGCGGGCUUCAAUGUCUGCGGAAACUACAUCGUACACACCCACCGCCAAGAAAACAAGAAGAGCUUCCUUAUCGGCUGUAAGUGAAACACCAUUGACACCAAAACGUAUAACACGCCGAAGGUCUUCCAUAUCUUUGGAAACGGAAGAAAUAAGCCAGGUGGUUCUGGAAGAGCCAACGACAAGUUCUUCUGAAGUUGCGACGGAACCUAUUGUGGAGACAGCACAUGAAGACAUGGGUGCUAUAAUUGAAGAAGAGGAGGAGGAGGCAGAAGAAAUUUUGGAUAAGUCAAAGAAAGAGUUGGGCGAUAAAAAGGAGGAGAUUACAGCACAUGGACAAGAGGAGGCGGAUAAUGGUGAUAAAAUCGAAUCCAUAAGUGAAACAACAGAAGAAGAAAAAGCUUCCGCAGUGUCAUUGGAAGAUAAAGAAAUUCCGAGAUCUGAAGAACCAGUGGUAGAAAGCAAUGAAACUUCCAAUGGAGCUGUUAAUGAAAAUGUUGCCAGUUCUAAUGAUAAACAAGAGGAAAUUAUUUCUAGCGAAAGUACGCCUCAAUCAGACGAAGUAGACGAAAUUAUUUCUAGCGAAAGUACAUCUCAACCAGACGAGGAAGAUAUAAAGGAUGUGACAAGGGAAAAAAAUGUUGAAGAUAUCGAUUCUGAAAAUAUUGUCGAAGAUAUUGCACCGGAUGAAGAUAUGCAAACUCUUUUGAUUUCGGAUGAUGAUGAGCAAUCCGUAGUCGGUGAUGUUGUUGAACGAACUGUUGCCGAAGUUGACGAUAGCGCAGAUACUAAAACACCAAUAAAGAAAAAAUCGGUAAAAAUAGCUGCUGAUGUAAAUAGCCCCCGAACACCGGCUAUGGCGGGAAUGCGUGAAUUGCUCAAGACGCCUAAACCAGAACAGGAUACACCAACCUUUAGAGGUUUACGUCAUUUGGUGCGAACACCAAAAUCAAAACCCGAAGAGACGGAGGAAGAAGAGCAAGAAAAGUUGCAAAAUAUACAGGAAUUAGUUAAGACACCACUAAGUGAAAAGGCAAAUAAUGUUACUGACGAAGAAGAUGAUGUUGUGGAGAUUCCAGAGAAUGAAGAAGAAAUGAAAAAUUAUCAAGGUGUGAAGGAAUUACUUAAAACACCCAAAACAUGUAGCACGCCACGUUUUAAGGGUAUGCGUGAAUUAAUGCAGACGCCCAAAGUGAGUACAACCCCAGUUUUGGGUGGAGUAAAGGAACUUCUGGAGACUCCUAAACAAGGUAUGGCCGCAGAAGAAGAUGAAGAGGUGCCUAACUCUUCAACUGUUAACAAGGAGCAGGAGGACGAAAAUAUAGAGGUCGCUACUCCCACUACACAGAUUAACAAGGAUCAAGAGGGAGAGGACAAGGAUUUACAAACAAAAGGUGUAAGAAAAUUACUGAAAACACAAAAACCCUUGGGUACCCCGCAACUGAAAGGCAUGCGUGAACUUAUGCAAACACCAAAAGCACCUGGAACGCCUGCGCUGGCAGGUGUAAAAGAACUUUUGGAAACACCCCAAGGAGCAGAGCUUCCUACGAAACGGGUUAGUGAAGAAGAUGAAAAUGCACCCGAAUCCUAUGAAACUCCACGAUUUAAGGGUAUGCGAGAGCUUAUGCAAACACCUAAAGCUAGUGCCACCCCUCUAUUAGGUGGCAUUAAGGAAUUAAUGGAUACACCCACAGUAGAAUCAUCGCAGCAAGAAAUUGUUGUAGCUACAGCCAUGUCGUCCACUGGCGAUGUGGAGCAGGAGGAUCAGGACAUCGAUGUAAGAGGGGUUAAGGAGUUGUUGAAGACUCCUAAAACAUCAGCAACUCCACGUUUCAAAGGUAUGCGAGAACUUAUGCAAACUCCCAAGAUUUGCACCACUCCAGCUCUGGGUGGUGUGAAAGAACUCUUGGACACAACAGAACAGGAACAACAAUCAAUAAGGGAAGAAGAAGCUGAGGCAGAAAUUGAUAACGAAGUUCCCAGUACAUCACCUGCCAAAAAUGAAACUGUUUCAAAUGAUCUUAAAGGUGUUAAGGAAUUGUUGAACACCCCCAAGACCUGUAGUACACCACGUUUUAAGGGUGUGCGUGAACUUAUGCAAACUCCCAAACAGGCAACAACACCAGCUUUGGGUGGUGUGAAAGAACUUUUAGAAGAAAAAGACGAAGAACAGGAGGAAAAUAAUUCAGCUACAACUUCAUCUGCUGCCGAAAAUGCUGGCCAAGAACUGAGAGGAGUUAAAGAGCUGCUGAAUACCCCCAAAAGUUGUAGUACACCACGUUUUAAGGGUAUGCGUGAACUAAUGAAAACACCCAAAGUCGCCUCCACACCAAUUCUUGGUGGUGUCAAAGAAAUGAUGGAUACUCCAAAACCCCAACCGAGCGAUAAUGUGGAUACAAAUCUUGAUCGAUUCCUUAAGACACCAACUGCCAAGAAUAUAAUGAUACCAACGACGCCCUCAAGUGCAGUCAUCCAAAAGAGUGAAGACUCAGUGGAAAUGGUACAUUCCACGGAAUAUGAUUUGAAUGCUACACUCAAUGAUGAGACGGGCUCUGGCAAUUUGGAACAGUUGUUUAAAACCCCAGUGGUGUCACGUUUCGGCAAACGUAUAACAGACUCAUUUGGCGAAGUGGAUGAAGUUGUCGGCACCGAGUCGGAAGAAAAUCAGGAAAUAAAUGAAAUUUCCAAUAUCCAAACUCCUGUGGCAAAGAGUUUGCCAAGAAAAUCGCUGUUACUUAAAACACCCAAUGUACAAUCACCCUUUACUGCGGCUGAUGUUUUGUCGGAUCUAUCUAAAACGGAGGUUGAAGAGUGGGCAGAUCAAGUUGAUCCUUUACAACAGACUCUAGGCUCCGAAAUAGAUGCAGAUGACAAUGAUGAUGUCCAUGAACUCACUGAUACAAGGGCGGAAGAUCUCAAUGAAUCCGUUGUAGAACUGGAUGAUGAUUCGGUGUGUGUGGUGCCUGAAACCUGUACAAAAUCUGAAACCAUGGCAAAUAAAUCUGAAGCAAUGAUAAAUUUAAGUUCUGUGGCCCUAACCUCUUCCAAGGAUCCUUUGUCAACAACAGCUUCAAAACUUGUGCAAAGUGAAAAACGUCCUCGCACACCAAUCAUUGAUGCUGCGGAGGCUGAUAUCAGUGGCAUCAAUUUGCUCGAUCAAACUGGUGAAUCGGCCUUGGAUGGUUCUCUGGUUGUUAGCGAUGAUGACAAUGAUGAAGCUGAAGUUGCAAAUAAGACUCUACAAGAUUCUCCAAGGGCUGUAAAUGAAGCCGAAAAGGAAGAAGAGGAUGAAGAAGUCAAGGAUGUAAAUAGAACAUUGAAAACCACGUUAUGUGAAGAGGGUAAUGAGCUGUCCGAAUCAUUAUUGAUCAGCAGUGACAGUGAGGAGAAUGAGAAGGAUACAGAUGAAAAUUUGGAAACACAAGAUGGAAACGAAGAAUUUUUGGAAAAGGAGAAAGUUUCAGAAAAACCCGAGAGCACUGAAAUCUGCAAUGAUAUUGAGGUUGUUGCAGGAAAGGUGGAAGAUUCGGACAAACCUGAGAGCUCUGAAAUCCACAAUGAUAUUGAGGCUGUAACAGAAAACAAAGAAGGCCCUUGCGAAAUAGUGGAAGUUCAUGAAGAUGAGAUUGCGGAAGUUGCCGAAAAGGAUGAAAAAGAAGUGUCAGCGAAUGAAAAUUCCAAUGAAACGGACAAAACUGUGAACGUGCCAAGUGAAUCUGAUGUCGUGGUCCCAAGGAAGAGUAUAGCAAAAACUCCAAGCAUAGAAUGUGAAGAUAUCUUUUUGGAUGAUUCUAUUGAUGAAGAGGUUAGCAGUUCUUUAGUCCAAGUGGAAAGUGUUCUUGAAAUUGAUACGACAGAUAAAAGCCAAGCAAUAAAUAGCAACCAAGAGACAGAAAUAAACGCACCAAGCGAAGAAAUUCCGAAUAAGGAAAAAGGAAAUGACCUAGAAAAAGAACCAAAUAAACAUGAGAAUUCUGAAGAAGCAGAGAAAACGAAGCAGCCUUCUAAUUCUGAACUCAUCGAAAAAUCUGCCGAGAAAGAAUCUCCUCAAAGCAAUAAAUCCAAUGUUUCCGUAAAAGAAAAUGAAGAUAUUUUCAUGGAUGACUCCAUUAAUGAUGUUUCUGAACAAGACAUUGAAAGUCAUGUGGAAUCAUCAUCUGAUGUGGCUCAUGAGCUGGAGAGUAGAAACGUGGAAUCAUCUACAAAGUCAGCUGAAGAAGAUUCCCAAAGGGCAGAAAUUUCAUCAACAUCAGCUGAGAUAAAUGAACUUGAAACCUCUACUGUGGACGAUCAAGCUUCAGCCGAAGAAGACCCGGCGAGUAAUACAGACAAACUGGAGGAAAUAUCUGAUGUGGUGGCUUCCAAUGAAAUUACAAGCUCAGAAGUGUCACCAUCAAUUGAAAAACCCAUUGAUGAAACAAGUGAGCCUGUAACACAGCCAGAAGAAAUUUCUCUUUUGUCGGAAGAAGAGAAAGCAGAAGAAGUAGAAGAAAAAUUCCCAGAAACAUCAGAAACUUCCAAUUUGCCUGAAGCGAAGAAAGAAGUUGAAAAUAUUGCCAAAGAUUCAGAAUUGGUUCCAGAAUCUGCAGAAACAUUGGAGGAAAAAUCUGAGACCUCCAUAAGGCAGGAUUCAGCUCCCGAUGGAGAGGCUGAGCAAUUGAAUGAAGCCGAAGAAGAGCAGAAAACUACAACAUCAGAUACUGAAGUUCUUUCAGAAUCUUUGAGGGCUGAGCCAGAACAGUUGCAAGAAACCGAAAAAGAAAAACCAGAUGAUACAUCAGAUAUUUCGGAACCUUUGAGAGCGGAUAAAGCUGAGACAGAAGAAAAUGAAAGGGAAAAUUCCUCAAUCCAAAUUGCUGAAAGCCCAGAAUGUACAGAAGUUAUUGAUUCCUCGGUAAAUACAGCGUCUGUAUUAGAACUUGAUGAAGCCAUUGGCAACGUUGAAGAAGAUGAACGGAAAACGGAAUCUGAAAAUGUUGUCUCUACAUCAACUGAAGAAGCUGCUGAGGCAGAGGCAGAACAAACUGCCGGCAAGGAUAAUGUUGUGGAAGCUGAAUCUGAAGAUUUGGUAUCUACGUCCAUUAAGGAAUCCACUGAUGAAGUUUCAACCACAGAAAUUGCAGAGAUAAAGAAACAGGAAAGUAUUGUGCCUGAAAAUGACCACAUAGUUCCGAAUUCCGAAAAAUCAGGUGCUUCCGGGCCGGAAGGUUUUGAAAAGAGCCAUAAUGAAGCUGAUGAUAUUUCUAAAGAAUCUGAAGAAAAUCUUAAAGUUUCGGAAGAUAAGAUUUGCGAAGUUGAAAAGGAAACAUCUGAAAUUUCUAGCCCAUCUCCCGCCGAAGAAGAAUCUGAAUUGCAGUUGAAAAAGUCAGCUGCUGAUGUUUCUAAAUCUCAGGAGACAAUUGAAACCGAUGAGUCUAAAUCUGUAGAACCUCAACCUGCUGAUGACGAAUCAAUUUCAAAACAAAUUGAUGAGCAAUCAGAAUUUCUUCCCCAAGAAGAGGGUGAUGCUCAAGAAACCAUAUCUGAGGAUGUCAAACCCGUAGAAAUUGAAGAAAUUUCCAUAGAAUCUGAAGAGCAAGAGAACUUUACAGCGGAAACAACACCUCAAGGCCAAGAUACAAACGAAAUUGCCAAUGAGCCAGAUGUAUCUACACAAUCUGAGGAGAAACAGGAGACCACUGCAGAUGCUAUUCAAACUGAUGCCACUGAGACGAGACCUGAAGAAGAAUCCCAACCUACAGAGGCGGAGGUUAUGUCUGAAAAAGCUGAGGAGGUGGCUCAAACUGCAACUCAGUCUGAAGCUGCAGAACUCCCAGGUGUUAUUCUCAACGAGAAUGUAUCCCAGGAACUGCCAGAAGCAGCAGAUAAGGAACAACCAGACGUAACUGUAGAAUGUUCUGUAACCCAAACGGUAUCAUCAUCCGAUGCUGCCAUGGAAAAGGCCUCUUCUUCCGAAUCUACUGAACACCAACAAGAGACGGUGAAAACUUAUGAUAUUGAGGUUACAAUUAAAGAUAAGCCUGAAACUGUGGAAAAGCCGCAAGAAAUUGCAGAUCAUGUAGAGCAUGACACACCUAAACCUAGAAAACGUGCAGGACGCUCGCGUAAAGGUUCCCAGUCUAGUGUGUGUUCGAAUGAUGAUGUCUCUGAGCUGCCGGCAAAAACUAACCGAACACGUAAAAAUUCAAAAACCGAGGAGGUGGCAUCCAAGAGUGGAACACAAGUUGUUGGAGAACUACCCCCUGUUGUGGAAAUCGUUGAAGAAGUUUCUGAUAAUAAGGAGCAGCUUAAAGAAGAAGCUCUAAGUAAAAAAGAUAUUCUCAAUGAGGAAACCUCACAACAGCCUCAAAGCGAAGUAGAACCUAGUAGGUCUUCCCAAGAGCAACAAGAUCAGCUGGAGAAAAUUGCGGAAGAAUCUAGAAAAGAGAAAGAAAUUCCAUAUACUACUCCAAAAGAAGAUGAAGAUGAGAAAGUGGGUGCCUCGGAAGAACUUGAAGGUGCUCCUGAAACAGUACAGGAAGAGAAAUAUGCAAAUGAAGAAGAAAAGCAAAAGGAAACGGAAUCAGAAAAAGAACAUCACAAUGAGGCCCCAACAACAGAGGAUGUUGUGGAAAAUCCGGAAGAAAAAGAAACUCAACAGCCGAAAAAGUGUACCAAACGUACACAGAGUCGAAAAGCCAGCUCGGAUUCUGUACAUUCCGAAGAUGGUGGAAGUUCGAAACGAAGAAUUGGUGGUCAACGUAAACGUGGUCAUCUUGAAAAGUGCGACGAAGAAACGGAUGAAACUUCGGAGCCCACAAACAAACGUAGCAAUCGUUUAGCACAUGAAAAAGAAGAAGUACCAACCGUUGAAAUUUCGGAGGAACAUCAAACGACAAAAUCUAAACGAGGUCGUAGAAAGGCUAGUCAAGAUUCUCAACACAGUGAUGAGGUUGAAACUUCCCGAAACCAAGAUGCCAACAGUGCAUUGGAUAAAAUCACUGAGGUUGAAGUUUCUUCAUCUUUCCACGAUCACGAAGAGAAAUCUUCUGCUACCAAUGAACAUGUUUCCGAGGAAGUAGAAAAGAUUGCCGAAGAAGAAAAGUCUCAGGCUCUUUUGACUUUCGACAGCAAUGACAAGGAAUUGAAAACAACAGAAGACUUAGAAAUGAAACAUGAAACUGUAAACCAAUCAGAAGUUCUGCCAGAGAAUACUGAGAAUAAUUUGGAGAAAAUUGAAGAUGUUGUUAGGACUGAAAGUGGUCCGGUAGAGAUCGAGACAGCAGUUUCCAGUGGAGAAGAAAAAAUUCCAACCACUCAAGCCCCCGACGCUGUUCAAGAAAUGGAAACGGAAAGUUCCGAACCAUUAUCCACAGAGAAUAAGGACGAAACUACAGAAGAACCCAAAAUGACAACAAGCAAGCGUACCCGUCGAAAGGCUAGUCAGGAUAAAAAGGAAACAAAGGUAGAACCGAUAUCAGCUAUGGACACAAUUGAGGAGAUCAAAUCAACGGCAGAGACAGUAGAGGAGGAGAAAGUUGAACAUAGAGAAGUUCCUAAACCGGUGGGUAGACGAGGCGGUCGUAAGGCCAGUCGUGAUACGCACGAUGCAAAGGUGGAAAAGAAAACCGAUGGCACAACGAUUUUGGAUAAAAUUGAGGAGAUUCCAACAACUACUGCGGAUAUUAGAGAAACUGAUGUGGUAGUUGCAACUUCCCAGGAAACCAUCAAAGUAUCUGAAAAGGAACUAUCAGCAACUCAAAAAGAUAAUGAAAAAAUUGAGCCCAGUCAAGAUACUCAAGAAGAGGCGAAAUCCUCUGAUACACCUACGAAUUUGGUUGCCAUUGAGGAUAAGGUAUCUACAUCAGAAAUCUCGGCCGAGAAAAAAGAAGAAUCUGUAGAAGAAACAAAAGUGCAAACCAAGACUGUUGUUAAACGUGGUCGACGAAAGCCUAGCCAGGAUACUCAACAUCAAAAGGUUGACACCAAAUCCGAUUCCACACCCGUCGAUUUGGAAGUAAUCGAGGAAAUAUCAACACCAGCCGAGACUGGAAAUACCGAAAAACUUUCAACCCACAAAGCAGAACAAGAACCACCUGCUGAAUCAUUGGAAUCCUCGAAACCUGUAGAAGGCAAGCGAAGUCGCCGUAAGCCAAGUCAAGACACGGAACAUUCAAAAUCAGACAUUAAAACGAAUGUCACCAAAGAUUUGGCCACAAUUGAAGAAACAUCCGGAAUUAAAGAUGAUAUGCCUCAAGAAAUACACAAGGAAGCACAACCGGCUGAAAAAGUGGACGAAAAAGAAAUAUCCAAGGGAACUGAUGAACAAACUUCGGAAACUCAACGUGGUACUAAACGUAGAGGCCGCAAGGCAAGUCAGGAAACACAGCAUUCCAAAACGGUACCGAGUACUGAUACUGCAAUGAAUUUGGAUAAAAUUGCGGAACAUCCAACCACUGAGGCUGAAGAGAAAAUUGAAACCGAAACUGCGGAACACUCACACGCCAAACAUGCCGUGAAUAAGCGCAGUCAUCGCAAAGUCAGUACCGAAGAGACCCAUGAUGCUGCAGAGCCACCCGCCGAAAAGCCACAAAUCGAAGGAAAAGACGUCGCUGACAUAUCAGAAGAAACUAAAGUAGAAGAUGACCACCAAAAGGAUAUUAAAAAGGAAGCUGGUAGCAAACGUACUCGAAGAAAAGCUAGCCAGGACGUAUCGGAAGCUCCUACCACAUCCUCUCGAAGACAUCAUCGUGCAAAGCAUGAAGAAGUUGUCAUACCGGAAGAAAGUGCUAUUCAACCGAGCGAAGAUGGAACUAAACAGGCAACAGCAGUGGAAGCUGGACAAGAGGAAACAACCGAGUCCGUUGCGAAAGCCACAACAGUUGCUGCUACUAAACGUUCACGCCGCAAUGUUGAACUUGAAGAUGUAAGUACUCCACCUGUACGAAAGGCCACCCGUCGAAAAGUUCAUGAAACAGUGACUGAACUUGAAGAACAGAAAGAGGAAGCCACGUCAACUGGAACAGAAGCAGAAGAAAAGGCCACCGAAACAGUGCCAGAAUCGGAGCAAAAUGAUGAGGAAACAACUAAACGAAGCCAUCGUAAAGAUCCACAUCAUCAUGAGGUUGAAAAGGCUGCUGCUGUUCAUAGCACAAGAGGUGGUCGGCGUAAAGCUCCAGUGGCUGAGGUACCAGAGGAAAAACAUAUUGAUCAAGAAGAAGUGCCAUCAAAACAAGAAGAACAACAUAUCAAAGAAUCUUCUCACGAACUUCAUGAAGAUGCUGCGGUGCAUUCGGCGAGAGCAACUGGUGGUCGUCGCAAGGGAAAGAAUGCUGCACAUGAGAAAGAAACGAAAACUAAAGAAGGUGAUACAACAGAUGUGGUAGAGAACCAAGAACAAGAAGCGACUGCAGAACACCCACGUAAAGCAGCUGCUGGUGGGCGCCGUAGGGGAAAGAACGCAGAGGCUCAUGGAGAAGUUUCUAAAGAAACAGAAUCGAAAGAAGCUGAUACCGCAGUGGUUGUGGAAUCACAUGAACAUUAUGAAGACAAUUUAGAACAUCCUCGAAGAGGGGGAGCUGGUCGUCGAAAAGGUAAGAAUGUCGUUGCGCAUGAGGAAAUUCCAGCGGAGUCAAAUGAAGUUGAUACUGUCAAGGACGAUAGUGAAGAACCUACUCAUGAAGAUUAUUCCCGAAAACCAUCUGCUGGCGGUCGUCGUAAAGGCAAACAUGCCACUCAUCAGGAGGAGGUUUCAAAUGAAACGGAAUCAAAAGAAGAUGAUAAAGCCGAGGGCGAGACUGAAAAACCCGACCAUGACCAUGAAGAUCAUCCCGAUCAUCCUCGAAGAGGAGCAGGGGGUCGUCGUGGAGGCAAACAUGUCAUGUCCAAAGACGAGCACAAAACCGAGGUCAAUGAUGACAAUGAGAACAACUCAGAACUUCCUAAAAGAGGAGGAGGUCGUCGUAGAGGAAAACAUACAGCUGAUCAUGAAGACAUUUCCACUGAAAUUCAUCCUCAAGAAGACGGCAAACCUGAAACGACAGCGGUGGAUAGUUCUGAAAAAGUCUCCACAGCUGAACAUCAUAAACCUGGAGAUACUAAUCUUAGGCCAACGAAGAGGGGAGGACGUCAUGCUAAGAAUGAUCAUCACGAUGAUGAUAAGGCCGUUGAGGAUGUUCCUAAAGAUCAUCACGUAGAAGAUGAAGAAGGACUUCCAGCAACGUCAUCUAAACGGACAGCAAAGCGCCAUCACGUUUCUGCCGAGGUCGAAGAACCAGCUAAGCAUCAUCCAAGGCAACGACAUCAUGGAGAAGAACAACAUACCCAUGAAGAAACUAAUGAAAAUGAUGCUGAAAUUAAGGGUGCUGAUGAUGAAAAUAUUCCUAAAGCCAAGGCUACAAGACGUAAAGGAGCUGUUCAUCAUGAGGAUGAUACAAGUGUCAUAAAACCCAAAAGAGGUCGUAGGGCACAUGAAGAGCAACCACAGGAAGAGGUGCAACACGAAACAGAAAAGGAAGAGGAACACAAUAAAAGUCUGGAGAAAGAAAAGCCAACUCGUGGUACCCGUAGAGGACGUGGCAAAGAUCAUCAUGAGGAUCAUGAAGAGGAUGCUGGAGAACAUGAGCCGGAUCAUAGUACCAGGCGAAAGGCUCCUCUGCAUGGCAGAAGACGUCGUGCCACACACGAACAGGUUGAUGAAGGUGUGGAACACCCAGAAGUACAACAACAGGACAAGCCACACGAAGAAGUGCACGAGGAGGAGGAUGUAACGAAAAAGGGGCGUGGCCGUAGAAGGCCAGCAGCGGCUUCUCAUCCCCCUGAGGCAUCUCACGAAGAGGAAGCUCACGUGGCCACAAAAUCAAAAACAACUCGUCGACGAAAAGAGUCGCAUACCGACGUUGAAGAACUUCCAACUCCUACACCUCCUCAAUCCGUCGAUACUCCCCAAACGCCUCAACGCUUGACAGAAGCAUCAACUGAAACGCAGACUCCUGAUUCAGAAAAACGUGCCCGCAAUGUUCCCCAACGUAAGGCGGCCACCUUGCAUCACAGCUAUGAUGAAACUUCCGACUCCGAGGUACACGAAAAGAAAAAGAAGAAAACCGAAACUUCGCCUCGUAAAGAGUCCGGCAAACAAGUUGAUCCGGUAAAAUCAUCGGAAUCAUCAUCAGAUCAAUCACCUGGCAGCCUUUUAACGGCCCGAGGACGUACCCGUAAACCCACCGCCAGAGUACAACAAUUUUUGGAAGAAGAAAGACUCAAGGCUGAAUCUCCCAAGAAGCGUGGUGCCCAGCCUGCUGCCGAAGUACCAACCAAACGGCAGCCAGCUAAACGAGGUGCGAGUAAAACGGCAACCCCCCUUUUGGAGAGCGAGCAUCCAGAGACACCAGAACCCAGUAAACGCAUUAGAGGUGCCAAACAUUCACAGGAAACAGCCGCGACAAUAGAGACGGAGAGUCAUGAGCAAACUGAUACUCAACCUGAACCUGAAAUUACUUCUCCAUCUCCUGCCACUAGCACGACUGCAACGGCUUCUAGAGCUCGCAAGGGCACACGAAAAGCAAAAGCAGAACAUGAAGAUGUGAGCGAAGAACCACCUGCCAAAAAAUCUCCUCAAAUACUGGAGGCAGAGAAAAAACAAAUCGAACCUCCCGAAGAGUCAUCAUCAACACCUGCCAGAACAACGGGUCGUCGUAAUGCUGCUGCAGCAGCAAAAGUACGGAUGGAAGAAGGUGAGUUGGCGGCCACAGCACUCGAUAAAGUUCUUAAAAAAGCUCGAGCGAAAAGUACACCAGUAAAAGCUGUUCCAAAACAGCAGCCGGCUCCUGCUGUGGAAAUGGUUGAAACUCCAUCGGCGGCAGAACACAAUGAAGCUAACAAAGAUGAACAUCUUGAACAUAAAACCACAUCCAAAAGGGGUGGAGCAGCCGCAGCACGUAAAGCAGCAGCGGCGGGAGCUGCUGAGGCAACAGAUUCACCAGCCGUGCCUGUCAAACGUGGCCGCAAGGCCGCCAAGGACAACACAGCAGCGGCAGCGGCCGAUGAGGUGCAAGUCCUGGAUGCCACGGCCGAAGAAGCUCCAAAACCCACAACCAGCCGAGCCAGAGGUCGUAAACAAACUGCCACGCCCGCUGUUGCAAGUGAAGAACCGGCGACAGAGCCCCAAGAAAAUGCUGCCGAAGAACAAAAGCCAGCGACGACAAAACGCGCAACGAGAGUUCGUCGUAUAUAACUUAAUACAUUUUAGAAACUUAGCUACUAUAUUGAUAGGAUAAGGUUCUUUUUAAAGAUAAUUUAAACGAUUUUUUUUUAUGAAAAUUUGAAAAACGAUGUUAUUCGAGAAAAGACAACAAUUUGGAAUUGGACUUUAUUUUGGUUUUUAAUUCAUCAACUGUGAAAGAGACCCGGCCUCCUUUUUCAGAAAAUUUGUUGCCGCUGCUUAACUGGAUGUUACUUUAUUUGGUAUUUGUUCAUUUUUUUAUUACUACUAUUUAUUAUUUUUUCGUAUUUCUUAUGCAAAUAUUAAUGGCUUUUAGCCAUACUUGUUCUUUUCUUCUUUUAAUGUUAUCAUCUUCUACUCGUCAUGGAAAAAUUUCAAAAGUAAUUUUUUUUCGAAAAAUUGUUCCAUUAUUUACAACUACAUAUUUAAAGAAAAACAAGAAGUAGUUUUUUGUUUUUUUAUAUCUUCUUUUCGUAGCUUAUAAAUAUUAGUGUUUACUUUAAUGUAACUCUUUGGAAACAUAUUAAACAUAUAUAUAAAAAAAUAAAAUAAAUGUAAAGAAUACUUUAAUAUAAA